GGCGCCGGACCAUGGAGCGCGGGCUGCACCUCGGCGCGGCCGCCGCGGGCGAAGACGACCUCUUCCUGCACAAGAGUCUGAGCGCCUCCACCGCCAAGCGCUUGGAGGCGGCUUUCCGCUCCACGCCCCCGGGCAUGGACCUGUCCCUGGCGCCGCCGCCCCGGGAGCGCCCGGCGUCGUCCUCCUCGUCGCCCCCGGGCUGCUUCGAGCCGGCUGACCCCGAGGGGGCAGGGCUGCUGCUGCCGCCGCCUGGGGGAGGCGGCGGCGGCGCGGGAGGCGGCGGCGGCGGGGUGGGCGUCCCCGGGCUGCUCGUGGGCUCUGCCGGCGUGGGGGGCGACCCUAGCCUGAGCAGCCUGCCGGCUGGGGCCGCCCUGUGCCUCAAAUACGGCGAGAGCGCGAGCCGGGGCUCGGUGGCCGAGAGCAGCGGCGGCGAGCAGAGCCCCGACGACGACAGCGACGGCCGCUGCGAGCUGGUGCUGCGGGCAGGAGGCGCCGACCCGCGGGCCUCCCCGGGCGCGGGAGGCGGCGGCGCCAAGGCGGCCUGCUCCAACGCCCACCUCCACGGCGGCGCCGGCGCCCCCUCGGGGGGUCCCGGCGGCGGCGGCGGGGGCAGCAGCAGCGGGGGCGGCGGGGGCGGCAGUAGCAGCGGCAGCAGCAGCAAGAAAUCCAAAGAGCAAAAGGCGCUGCGGCUCAACAUCAACGCCCGGGAGCGCCGGCGGAUGCACGACCUGAACGACGCGCUGGACGAGCUGCGCGCGGUGAUCCCCUACGCGCACAGCCCCUCGGUGCGGAAGCUCUCCAAGAUCGCCACGCUGCUGCUCGCCAAGAACUACAUCCUCAUGCAGGCGCAGGCCCUGGAGGAGAUGCGGCGCCUUGUCGCCUACCUCAACCAGGGCCAGGCCAUCUCGGCCGCCUCGCUGCCCAGCUCCGCGGCGGCGGCGGCGGCGGCCGCUGCCCUGCACCCGGCGCUCGGCGCCUACGAGCAGGCUGCCGGCUACCCGUUCAGCGCUGGGCUGCCCCCGGCCGCCUCCUGCCCGGAGAAGUGCGCCCUGUUCAACAGCGUCUCCUCCAGCCUCUGCAAACAGUGCACGGAGAAGCCUUAAACACCCCCCCUGAAAAACACAAGACCGACCCCAAAGCUAGAGGAAAGUGAAAAGCUGCCCUCCAACCCCUUUAUUUUGGUCCUCUCCUAGUUGUGAAACAGUUGCAGAGCAAAGCAGAGACGAGAACUGAGGAGAACUAUCAGAGACAAACGGAACUCUUAGCCUUGACGUCCCCAGAAUC